GGCGGUCAACGCCCACGUGUUGGCACAUUUGCAACUUUUCGAGGGUUGCGGCUUCACUGCAGUGAUGAAAUUUUGAGCAGAAACGUUUGACGAUUGACGCUUGGCUGGAAAGAAUCGAGUCGUGGACGGGGUCGACCAAAGACGCUUUUCAACUUGCUCCAAGCGACGCCGAUGGCCUCUCAGAACCUGGACCCCGCCGCCGCCACGGCCGCCGCCGCGAAGGGCGGCGAGGGUGACGCCAGCUCCGCCAAAGGAUCCGUCACCAAACGGCUUCAGCAGGAGCUGAUGGCGCUGAUGAUGGCGGGCGACAAGGGCAUCUCGGCCUUCCCCGAGUCCGACAACCUCUUCAAGUGGAUCGGGACCAUCUCCGGCGCCCGGGACACGGUCUACGAGGGUCUGUGCUACAAGCUGUCGCUGGAGUUCCCGGCGGGUUACCCGUACCGGGCGCCGCGCGUGCGCUUCCUGUCGCCGUGUUUCCACCCCAACGUGGACGACAACGGCUUCAUCUGCUUGGACAUCCUCAAGGACAAGUGGUCGGCGCUGUUGGACGUGCGCGCCGUCCUGCUGUCCAUCCAGAGCCUGCUGGCGGAACCCAACAACGAGAGUCCGCUCAACGCGACGGCCGCGGCGCUUUGGGCCAACCAGGAAGCUUACAGAGCUCAUCUGCAUUCAACGUUCCAGAAAUGAAAGUGCUCCACUUUUUCUUUUCCUUUUUUAUUGAACUUGUAUUUGUUUUUUUUUUUUUUUGUGCCUGUACAGUAUUUUGAUGUUGGUUUGCCUUUUGUUGAGUCAUUAAAGAUUUUAAUUUGU